AAAUUAAGAUCCAAAUCUAAAAAAAAAACCCUAAUUCUGAAUUUCUGAUUCGGUGAGCUAGUUUUACCUUAACUCGCACAAAUUCUGAAAUCCAGUUCCUCUUCUCCUUCGCCUCUUCUCCUUUCGACCGGGUAGUCUCCGCCGCAGCCGGCACCGGAGCAGGCACCGGCACCCUAUUGUCUCAUUCAACUUUGAACGGGCCUCACCUCUGCUUCUCUUCUUCUGCCUUUGGUCUUCUCCGCCGUCGUCUUCACCGUCGCCGACUCGCCGUCACAGGUGUGGGCUUCCGGUUCUUUUGCUUUCCAUUCGCCUCUGCUCGUGCUUCUUGCUUCUGGGUCACAGCCUCACAGGGAUUGCUCAGCAGGGUUGGGAUCCUCUUCGGGUGUUGCUGAGAGGGUAUUAAGAUUUCCGUCGUCUUCUUCAAAGAUGUGGGCCGUUCGUUGUCUUCCUCUCAAGAAUCGAGUGCUGAGAGCUUAUUGCUCCAAAGCUACUUGGGUGGUGGAAGAUGAUUCUGGAACUUCCAAAAGGAUGUCUAAUACACUUCCCUCAUUACACGCGUCUUCAAAUGUUGAGACAAGUCAAAGGAAGCUAAAACUGGACUUGGCAGGAGAAGGAUUUUUACCUUCACUUACCGCGGCUCAUGCAAUUUCGGACAUCAUUAAAGGGCAUUACUCUCAGCCAUGGCUUUCGUGGAAAAAGAUACCAGAUGCUACUAGGAAAUUUUGGUGGGAAAAGUUCAAAAGCAAACAUCAGUUUUUUCCUCCAGAUCUUUAUUGGGCUCGAAAAAAUUUUGAGAGGCGAGAUGUGGCGUUACUAAAAAAUUUGUUGGGAAAAGCUCGUGCAAGUCGUGUCAAACCUCAAUGGAUAGAAGAUGGUGUGUGGGAUGCUCUCUGUGCUUAUUGGAAUACUGACACUGGGUUUCUACAAAAGAGCGUGCAAGGCAAGUCAAAUCGAGCAUCUGGUUGCAGCGGAUUUGGAGCGGCUCUUCGUACUGCUGGCCCAAUUUCCGUUACCCAACACAAAACUAAUAUGAAAAUAUCAUUAAAGAGGAUUCCAACACAGUUAGAAUUGUUUGCGAAGACCCACAAACACAAAGAUGAGACAUGGGUGGAUAAGAAAUCAAAACAUGUUGAGGAAUGUCACGAUACACAUAUUUCAUAACAAUUUGAUCACCGGUGAAAACUCAUAUUGCAAAC